AUGCCACGAAUUGGCUCUCCACUGGUAUCCUGGGACUCAUCACAUCCCGGAUUCGACCCGGCCAACAACCGACUGCUGACACCGUCCAUCUCUCCCCACCGCGAGCACCAGUCGCAUUCCCUACACCCGCAACACGUCCAGCAGAAAGUGAACCCACAACCCCCACAGGCGUACGGACAACCGUCGACCCACACCGGCUUCCUCGAAACCGACAGCGAGGGAAACGACAGCGUGGAGGAUUCAGCAUCUGGCGGUGGUGGGUACAGCCCUCCGGCGUGGCGCCGCCUCGAAAACGGCGACCGUAGCUCAGGCUUCUGGCGCAAAAGUGACAAUAUCCUCGGCUCACCCACUCUGACGACGCCAAUGAGAGAGACGGACGACCAGCUACACUACCAGCAUCAGAAACAGCAGCAGCAACAGCAACAGAACUCAUUACCACACCCAUCUACAUCGCCACGUGCCUUCACAUCACACCUUCAACAGCAUUUUCAAAGGCGGAAAGAGUCCAGGCUGGGUCGUACAUUUGCCUCGUCGCGAGCAUCAAGUCCUGGGUUUGAUAGUGAAGAGGACGCCAUGGUAGACGACAUGCUUGGGCCCGACGACGAUGACAUCUUUGACGACCAUGGUGGCAGCUAUGCGGACGAUACCGUGCUGGAGCGCGCUAUGCGCACACGACUGCCUGGCAGCAUGAGCCCUGACAAGGAACGAAGCCCCGAACCGGAGCUCGUCUACCCAAGCCCGCUCAGUCGGAUGGAUGGCAUGCGGCUCAAGGCUAUGGAAUCCAUACAGGAGGAGAGGAUUGGUUUAGAGUUCCUAAACGGCCAACAUGAGACGUCCGACAACUACAUUCGAUUUGCAGUCCGCUCAGAGGUAAAACACCACACCAAGCUUCUCCAUACUGCGGUCGGUUAUGUGCGCAGCAGAAUCUAUUUUGCGACCCGGUCUUGGGCGCACAUUCUCCUGUCAGUCGUGGUCGGUAUCCUGUCGAUUGCGGCCAUGCGCGCAUUGUCAUACGCGGCUGGCUUUCGCGCUGUACCAGACCUCGUCAAGGUGGCGCGCGUUGCACGAUCUUUUGAGCCGCUCAUCUACUAUUCAGAAAAUGGCGUGGCUCAAGUGCACGAUUUGGAAGCCACCGGUGUGGCCGUGUGGGAUUUAGGCGAAAGCGUCCGCUUGAGCAACCUCACAUCAGCACCUAUUAUCGUCCAAGAGCUCGACGAGCUCAGCGACACCCUCCGGGCACUGGCGAUGGAACUGACCCGCUUCUUCUCAAACAUCGAUGGCGACAUUGACGGCAUUUUGAUUGUUAUGGAAUGGGCACGACGGGAGCUCGGUCGUCUACAGGAACCGCCGACGUCGACGUCGCCUAGUCUAUUUCUCAUGAAGCCCUUAGCCGCUGCUUACGACAACGUGUACAACUUGCUCGCCUGCGCGGGCCUAUUUGAAAACGUCGCAACGGGAUCGCCCACGGCUGUGGGCGCCGUGGCCACGACGCUGUUUGGCAUGUCCGGCCCGCAGCGCACACGUGCCACGCUGCACCGCACGUUCCACGAGUUCCUUUCAGUGCUCGAGGAGGCCGUCGCAACAGAACUGCAGCACAGCCUGGCCCUCUUUGCGCUCUUUGAAAACAUCGACCGCCAGUUUCUCAACCUUGUGCGCACCGUCGCACGCGAGGCCAGCGUCCAGGACGAGCGCCACGCGGAUCUAUUGGCGGGCCUCUGGACGCGCAUCCUCGGCCCCAGCGCCGCCGCCACGGCCAAGUACGAGCAGAACCGCGAGCUGCUGCGCGACGUGCGCGAGAAGACGGUGCGCAACAAGGGCGUGCUCGUCGAGCACAACCACCGCCUGUUGGCGCUGAAGACGAGCCUCGAGAGUCUGCGGCGCAAACUCGUCAGCCCGCUCGUGCGGUCGGUCAAUAGCAGCACGCUGACCCUGGACGAGCAGAUCCGCGGGCUCGAAGACGUCGGCGCGUACCUCUCCGAGGUCCGUGCUCGCCAAAAGGGCCGGCUGCUGGAGGCGCUCUACGGCGUGGGAUCCGUGCGGGAGCGCAUUGGCUGGAGUGGAAGCAGCGAGGACGAUGUGAGCUAA